CGCGGAGACGGUUGCGGAGCCGGUUCACACGCUGCCCGCUGUGUCGGGAGUAUCGGUGCUGCGAGAGCAGAGAGCCCGGAGCUGCACGACAUGAAAUCUCCGUCGGCUGGACGAUUAUAGUUGAGAAGUUACUGCUGCCGGCAGAGAAGAGGCAGUUUUUUUUUGCUUUUCAGCUGGACCAUUGUCCUCAGGGAAGCUGCUCUUUCAAUGUGGGAUACGGUUUUGGUGCUUUCGCCAGGCUGAAAUCCCCCAGGGUCAGGACCUCCCUCAUGGCAGCCUUGCUCCUCGGGCUGCUGCUUUUUGCAAUGCAGUCUCCCCCAGUCCCCUCGAGACCGUUGGCUGACGGGGGGCCGCCUUCACCUCCCACCUCAUCGCCCGCUGACAACGGGACCGCCACCCACCCAAACGGGACCCUCCAGCAUCUUCCACAGAUCAUAAUUAUCGGUGUGAGGAAAGGGGGGACGCGGGCGCUGAUUGAGAUGCUCAGUCUGCACCGCGCGGUGGCAGCGGCUCAGAACGAGGUGCACUUCUUUGACUGGGAGAGUCACUUUCAGAAGGGCUUGUCGUGGUACCUCAGCCAGAUGCCCUACGCCUUCCCCGACCAGCUGACGGUAGAGAAGACCCCGGCCUACUUUACCUCCACUAAAGUCCCGAGACGCAUCCAUCAGAUGAACCCUGACAUCAAGCUGCUGCUCAUCCUCAGAGACCCCACAGAGCGGGUGCUCUCGGACUACACCCAAGUCUUUUACAACCGUCUCCAGAAGCACAAGCAGUACCAGCCCAUCGAGUCCAUGCUGGUGAAGGAUGGCGAGAUCAAUCUGGGAUACAAGGCCCUCAAUCGCAGCCUGUACUAUGUGCACAUGCAGAACUGGCUGCAGUACUUCCCAGUGGAGAGUAUUCACGUUGUGGACGGCGAUGAGUUGAUCAGGGACCCCUUCCCUGAGAUGAAAAAGGUGGAACGAUUCCUCAAGCUGGAACCCCAGAUAAACGCUUCAAACUUUUACUUCAAUAAAACAAAAGGAUUCUACUGUUUGAGAGACCACGGGCGAGAAAGGUGUUUACACGACUCAAAGGGCAGGGCUCACCCUCAUGUGGCACCUGCCAUCCUGCAAAAACUCUACCAGUUCUUUCACGAACCCAACAAGAAGUUCUUUGAGCUGGUGGGUCGCACCUUCAACUGGAAAUGAACGUUCGAGCCUCAGUAGUUCGGUGUAGAGUUCCUUGGGGAUAAUCUCCACAAGCUGUCCUUUUUUUCCUUAUUAACAGUGUAGAUGAAGAGACAAAGCUGAUGUAAAUUUAAACUAAAUCUAUUUUUGUACUAGUAUGUUUGUUACAGGAGUAUGAUGGAGCCAAAUAUCAGGGCAGACUGCAGUUCAUGACAUGCUCUCUUAUUGCAUGUCUUGUUUUUUCUUCUUAAAACAUAUCCAUCUUGCUGUCUCCCUGUACUGUUAGAAGCGCUCACUACUGCUCAGCUCCUCUAAUCAAAGCAGACAACUUAUUAUGACAUUGAUAAUGACAUUCAGACUUUAGACUGUGCCACUAAUGUGUUACAUAAAGAUAAGUACCCGGCAUUUUUAAUAUCGUCAUACCUUCUUGUUUCACUUCACGUAAUGUGACAUUAUUAACGUCUAACUGCAUUUAGAGCUCUGAAGGACCUUUACCUGCUGCUAUGAUUAUGUCAGUCACUUUCAGGCACAUGCUGUACUGAAUAUGUAUUUGUUUUUUUGUUUUUGUUUUUGUUUUUUUUUUACUCAAAAUGUAUCUUUAUGUAAGAGUCAGUUAUAUAAAUGCUCUGUUCACAUCAUAUAUUUGCUGAUCAUUACAGUGUACUGUAAAUAGAUUUUUUUUUUUUUUUUAAA